AUGAUUCACGACGUAGCUGGCACCAGCAGCGGUAGCUCGUCUUCGUCACCACCGCCACCAUUGCUGACCGUCGUCGACGGCCAAGUCGCUCCAGCGCGACUGCCCACGGGACGCAUGCUCUCCAGGUCGUCCUCGCUGAUCGUCUCGGCACGGUCCGGGAAGCAAUUGGAUCGUCCUGCUCGGCGUACGUGUGCUCCCAGACUGCGUCCCCCUCCGAAGGACUCGCGCCGUAUACGCGCAGCGCGCGUGACCGGAGCGAGGGAGCGGAUCCCAAGACCGUCGAGCCACACUGCUCCCAGUGUGCACUCGGCCCCACCAGCUCUUGGCUGACGUUGCUAUCCAACUUUUGCUUCGUGGCUUUGUCCAUCACAGAACGGAUCAACUUUGCUCUGCCGCCCACACCGCCGCUGCAGGACCGAGACCUCAAUGCCCCGCUACACCCUUCACCGCCGAGCCCGCUGCCGGGCCUCUUCAAGAAACUCGGUCGAUCCCUGUCGCAGUCCAAGUCGACUCUGGCUAGACGCGUCUCAGGAUCGCCAGCCAAACGAGAAGGACGGGCUGUAUCGCUGACCGCUGCACGGAACCUCGCAUCGUCCGCAUCGUCUAGCCCGUCGAAGCCACCAAGGUCAUCAUCACCUUUGAUCGCGCCGACCCUCGUUGUACACCCCGCGCCUCUCGACGGGUCAGCUGACGUCGCGCCCGCGCCGACGCCUCCGGUCUCGGCUGCGGCUGCGACGCCCGCGCCAGCUCACGCUCCCGUGACGACAACUCAUGUUCCCAAAACUAGGCUCAAGCGCUCGUUUCGGGCGCAGCUGGGUCGGAGCAAGAGCGAGGGGAAUCAUCGACCAGUUCCGACAGGGGAGGAGGACCGCAUGGAUCAGCUGUUACGCCGUACCGAGCUGGCUUCGCGAAGGGAAGAAUCGGCGCGCACCCGGACUCCGUCCGAUAUCGCGAGCGGCUUCUUCUGGAGCGACUCUUUGGGUAUUUGCUGGGAUGGACGAGAAGAAGUGCGGCCGGACCUGCUCGCGCCUCAGCCCGCCUACUCGUCGGACGCCGAUUUUGUGCCUCAGCGCGUCGUCUAUGCUUCGACACUGUCGACUUUUCCGCCCCGCCCGCCUCUCAAGAGCAGUCUGUCCGCCGACGCCUCUUCCCCGACCCUGUCGCCGGCCAACCAGGUCAUUGCCGAGUAUCGCGCCCUGCACGGUCGACUACCCCCAGCAACUCCUGUCGACCUUGGCCCCCCGUUGCCCCUCUCCAGCGAAGUCACUCCGAUCGCGACGCCGAGAGCGGAUCUGACCGCACGCGGCGGCGCGACGGCCCAGGACUGGGUCAUCAUCGACCGUCGCUUCCCCCCUGGCGUCCAAGGGCGGCCAAAGUAUGCGCGCAGCGUCGCCUCCGAAUCGACGUCGGCGUCUGCAGCGAGCGAGGCUCGCUUCGACGAUGCCGCGCCCGGUCGAGAGAGCCAGGACAGCUCGACUAGCCUCGAGUCCAUGCGCGAGACGUCGCCCACCCGCAACGUCAAGCUCGCUGCGACAACACUUUUGGCACCACCGUCAGCUCCUCGAUUCGUGCUCCACGACGGUGGCCCGGCUCGCGCUCUGCAGCCAGCGCACCUCUCCACGAGCAAGCUCACACCGAUUCGGUCCAUCUCGCCCGGAAGUUCUUCGGUCGACUCUGGUCACACCGAAUGGGUGGAGUGCGAAGAGUACCAGUGA